CACAUGGCUGACUGCCAUGCACAAAGGCCUACCCAAGGACUAGGAAUUUCACAGAUCAGCAUUAGAGUCCAUGCCUUCCCAGAGAAAGAGAGGAGGGGGGAAGACAAAGGAGACGAGAGACUACUGUCCCUGUUUAGUUUUCAUGUGUGCCUGCACUUCUCUUUCUGUGCCUUUGUUUUGUGGCUCGCUGCUUGGGGCUUGGGGUUUGUAGGACCGUGAGGGGACGGCAGGGCGUGUUGUUUGAUCAGCAUCGAUGGCAUUUUUUAAUACACUCUGCCACUUUUGAAGCCCCGGUGCCAGUCCUGCCCAAAUUCUGAACUGCUGGCGUGGGAAGAAAGAAAUAGUUGUUGUGAAGGAGGAGAAAAAGGAAAGCCCGAGAAGGAGAUGGGGAGAGCUGGGGAAAACUGUAUCCAGCCUCCCCCAGAAAUUUUUUAAUCUACUGGAACGAGGGUGCAAGCAAGAGGUUGAGGAAAACCUGAGAGAAACGGAAGGCAGCAAUGGACAGAUGAAGCGACUGAAGAAAAAAAGUAAAAAAAGAAGAGGGACUACCAAGCAAAGGAAGACACGGCACAAUGUGAGAAGGAGGGUACAAAAUAAUUAAUCACAAGGAUUAUCCCCUUCAGAUACAAACUAGAAAUUAGAGCAUGUUUGUGAGGAAAUUAGGUUUCUUACGAUUUUAAGGACUGGUUAUAUCUUCAAAGUGGAUUGGAUGUUUGAUAUUCUCUGUUGGACCAGAAAUAAGUUUUUGCUGGGGAAGGUUUGUUCUCCAUCAAAAGAUCCCCUGUUCUGGAGCCUCUCUUCUCUCCGUGAGUCUCUCCAUCUGACUGUACCACUGAAGGAAAUUUAACUUCUUAGCUGGUGGGGGUAACUGCGUCUGUGCAAGAAAGUGGAGUGUGUCCUCUGUGCAAGUUUCACAAAAGAUUCUGAGCAGGGAGAAAGAAAAAGAAGACUUUGUAACUAUUUGUAGGACUUAAAAGAAGGUUCAGGGUAAAAGGGAGAAGUGGGAAAGAGGGAGCGAGCAAAGACUCAAUAACGUGUGUUAACUCUGCGUGUGUUCACGGCGGGGGGGUGAGGUAAUGGCCUGGUUUGGGGUUCUGGUGUGUGUCGUCGGCCUGGAUCUGUACCUCCCCCUGUCCCUCGGGUCACCGCCCCAGCACCGCGGCUGGCUCCGCCUCUGGGAAGAGGGCGAGGGCUGCGGAGCGUGCGAGGAGCGCCGCUGCCCGCCGGCGCCUCCUAGCUGCCCGGCGGGGUGGGUGCAGGACAGAUGCGGGUGCUGCGAGCAGUGUGGAAAUGCCGAGGGCCAGCCGUGCGACCCUGACGGGGCCCAGUACUUCUAUGGGCCCUGCGGGGAGGGGCUCUACUGCCAGAGGAUGGAUCAGAGAGGUCACGGGGCUCAAGGUGGGCAUGACCCGGAACCCAAAUGCGUCUGCCUCUCCCAGGGCCUCACGUGCGGGUCCGAUGGCCGCACCUACCACAACCUGUGCCACCUGAGAGAGGUGGCUAACCAGGAAGACACCACCCUGAGGUUGGCUGGACAAGGACCAUGCUACUCUCCUCCCCAGAUGACACGAAUGCCAAGAGACCUGGAGAACCACACAGGAAAUUACAUUAUCUUCAGCUGUGAAGUCUCUGCCUACCCCUUGCCUCAACUGAACUGGAAGAAGGAGGGCAACGAGAACUUCCUGCCCGGCGACGACCCUCAUGUCUCAGUCCAGUCGCGCGGGGGCCCACAGCGCUACACGGUGUCCACCUGGCUCCAGAUCGAAGGCCUGCGCCUCUCCGACGCAGGCGUCUACGCCUGCGUCUCCCGCAACGCGCUGGGCGAGGCCUCAGCCUCCGCUCGCCUCACGGUGCUCAGACAGGGGAUGAGAGAAUUUGACGGGAACUGGGAGGAAGAUCAUCAUCAUUACUAUGACGACACAGAGGAGACCAAGAACGAUAGCGAGAACAGUGACCCCGAGUCUGGGGACUACCAAGGUUAAACCAUUUGUAACCAAAGCAUGGAGGGUGGUGAUUCAGUGUAAACGUUGCAUACAUACAUACAAGAAAAAACUGGCCCAAUGGGAAAUGAACUGAACUGAACUGCUGUGUGACAAUGUGAUCCAAGCUCUGGAAAUAAGGAAUAAGGAUAUGGGAAGAGAAGAAAGGUUUAGCACGACAUUCUCUGUUCUAUACUCUUUACUGUACUCUACUGUACUCCAUCGUAUCCUGUAGCGUAUAUUCUGUCCUAACCUCACUUUGGACCGCAGCCAAUGGUUUACAGAUAAACAGAACACCUGUGUCAUGCUCGUAGUGCUGGAUCCAACACUAAACACACAGAGCACCAGGCAUCCAUCAGAGAUGAGUGUGCAUUUAACUGCAAACAUUUCUAAUGGACAUGGACAGUUACAAGGGCACGGCAAGAAUAAGUAUGUGAAUAAGAAUAAGUAAGUGUCAAGGUCUGAGCUUUUACUUUGGAUUCUAUUUUUGUGUUAAGCUAACUUCAGAUUACAGUAGGGUUAAGUACAGACACUUGUGUCUUUUAGUUUGUUACAAUGAUGUACCUUCAAUGUGAAUGUAAAAAACCCCUGUUUGUGUGAACGGCAGACAUAUUAUGUAUACAAGUUGGAUCUGUAAAGUAAACCAGGUUCAAGAAAGAACAAGGUUGCAUGCAAUGAGUGAAUUGAGCCUUGGUUGGCUUUGUCUGGAAUUUCUAGCUGCUAUUGAUUAUGUGAGGAGGAGCCAAUUGCUUCUGCAGAUAUGUUCAUGUGAUGGUUUCUGGACACAUUAAGAAAGUAUUCACAUAUUAAGUCUCUCACAUUGGUCAUUCAACCAGAUAAUUAAUUAGCUGUGCCCAUACAGUAUGUCAUAUUCAGCAGUGCGUUCAUAUAAAAAAGAUUGUGAGAUUGUGAGAUCUUGUCCUUGAGUUUUCUAACCUCAGUUUUCUUCAUGUUAGUUUUCAAUUGUGUGUUUGUUACAAGUUCACAGAAAAGAUUAUGGAAUCACCCCAUUACCUAGAAAUGUAGUGGCAAAGUUGUUAGCAUUUUAAAUGCUAAGUGUGCCAGGAAAGGUUACAUUUUGAGCAAUUGUAUUAAUCAAAAAUGACUUAAAAAUACCACGUGGCCCAUGAAGAAAAUACUUGCCAUUAAGACAUACUUGAAAUCUGUAAAACCAGAGUAGUUUCAUGGAAUUACAAGUAUGCGUAGCAUUUAUGACAUUUCAACUAUACUUGCAAAUGUGUUAAAACAAUGACAUGCACAUGCAAAGAUUCAUACAUUUGGGUCAUACAGUUAGGAUAACUGUUAAAUGUAAAAUGUAACGGUAAAAUGUUUUUUGGCCAAAAAAGAGUUCUGGCCAUCAGGUUCAAGAUGGAGGGCAAGGUGAGGGGAAAGGGGAAGAAGGUGCUGGAAGCAGCCUACUCCACCUUCUGCCAUCACUUGUGACAUUAUAAAAGAGAUUCACCUGUAACAUUACAGAAGAGUAAGCCCCUCCUUCUGUACAACAACACAGUUUGAAGAAAUGGUUGCUGGUUCUUAAAUAUCAGUGGGAUUUGGAGAGUGUUAACUUUUUCCAUUAUAUAAAUAAAAUUA